AUGUCGACCGUGCUACAUAUGCCUGCCUUUAACACCGCUCCCCAUGGGCCUGCCUUUACAUCGGUCAAUGGUCCCUCGUCUGUGAGCCCCACCGACGAACAAAAACCACCAAUUGUUGCCAAAUCUUCCACCUGGAGUCCGGCCUCGCGGGGCCAAGAAACCAGCUACCACUCUCCCAGAAGUGACACCAGCCCCUCUACCGUCAGCAGCAGAGACAGAUCCCCCGAAAGCGUCAACAAGCGCAGGCGGUCUGCCUCGGAAGAAGACAAUAUCGCUCGUCCGAGUCCGGGCGAUUUGGUCGCCAGUUCACGCCAACUGCCACAUCCUUUCCAUCCCAUGAGCCGCGAGACGCUCACCACCAUGGAUGCACCCCCGCAGCAGAGUCUUCCGCCACUGGGCCGUCCCGAUGCCGAGCGACGCUGGCAGACGGAGCCCCGCGAGCUGCCUCACACCGGCCACCAGCACUUUGACCACCGGGAUCCACGUCCUGCUGAGCCCGUCCGCCCCAGCAUCUCGUCAGACUCGCAUGCUCGCAUGGGCAGCGCAGGCGAAGCUGAGCUCGAUGACACGAGCGCCACUGAAGUCACCCGCGCUGGUGUUCAAGUUGAGCUGAAGAAGCGAAAAAGGCAAUUUGCCAAUCGCACCAAAACUGGCUGUGGCACUUGCAGGAGGCGAAAGAAGAAGUGUGAUGAAGCAAAACCAGAGUGCAACAACUGCACUCGAGGUGGCUUUGUCUGUGAAGGCUAUGCCAACAAGGUGCCAUGGACAAAGAAUGGCCCUGCAAAAGCCCCGCCUGCUCUGCAAGCAAAGGAGAGGCUUUCUGCCAUACCAACCUGUCCAGGCUGCAGUCGACCUCACAUCCCACAUUGCGCGCCUCACUCUACUGAAGCCGCUUAUCCACCACCAGAAAUUCGCUCAGCAAACGGCCAGGACCGCAAACCAUGGAACAACUGGCCCGAGCCGACACCACCGCCACCACCGCCAGUUCGAGCACCUUACCAACCAGAGGGCCCUCCAUCAGCUCCUGUGCAGUAUGGACAACCUCCACCAAGUCAACACGAGAGACACCUAAGUCACGAAAACCAACCACCACCCCCACUACAACAGCCACUUCAUCAACACAACUCUCGUGUCUACCACCACACUCCUCACACUAUGAGCCAUAUCCCUACCGGCAGUCCUGUACCCGCACCUGCGCCUGCACCUGCACCCGUCCUAGCUUCCAAGGCUGUGGUACAACCACCGCAGCAACAUCAUGUGGCCCACCAGCAUUCUCGUCCCCCUCCGCCAUUGUCCACUAGUAUACCUCCUGCACAGUCACCAGUUCGCUUUCCACCGGCUUCCUCGAUGCUGUACAAAUCCGAAAAAGACAAGAUGCUUGCAGGCGAACCCUUUCUCCCUUUUGAUAGGAUCCUAAUGGACGAACGCCACCAGUGCAUGGGGGCUCAGCAAAACUUCAAUAACACAGCCUAUGCCUCAAACCAAUUCUCAAAGCAGACAAGGGAGGGUCUCUUCAAGAGUAUUCUGGCAGCCAGAUGGAUUCCACCCAGGAAAGACGCCAACGAUGUCAUUAGCCACUUGGGCAGCAACGUCUUUGUUGCUGCGCCGUUUACCUGCGAUUACGGGUAUCACCUGAACAUUGCCGAGAAUGUUGUUAUUGGUUCCGAUUGUCACCUCCACGACUCUGCGAGGAUAUGCAUUGGGAGAAAUACCAAGAUAGGCGCCAGGGUCACAAUACAGACACUGAAGACGCCGACCGACAACAAGUCGCUCAAGGGCAGCAACGGAACAGAGAUUGCACAGGAGGUGCACAUUGGCGAAAAUGUUUACAUUGGUGACAACUGCGUAAUCGAGGCAGGGGUCAAGAUUGGCGAAAACACCAUUGUGCGCCCAGGCUCGGUAGUCUCUCACACGCUGCCCCCUAACUGCGUGGCCCAGGGCAACCCUGCUAAUAUACUUCCUAAUUGA